GCGGAGGCAGAAGAAUUGCUUGAACCCAGGAGGUGAAGGUUGCAGUGAGCAGAGAUCACACCGCUGUGCUUCAGCCUGGGCAACAGAGCAAGACUCUGUCACACACACACACAAAAUCUGCUCUUCUCAAAUGUGAAAGUGUUUGAAAUACUGUAAUGGCACAGGUAUGUAUAUAUGCCACCUCCUUCCCACUCAAGAUUUAGAAUGAGCCCAUGAUUAAUUACAUUUUCUUUUGUCUUCUCUUGGGAAAAACUUCAAUCCUGUUAAGCCCUAAGAAGAGCUCUCAUUCUCUGUCUAAAUCCCCCAGCAGGGGCAGGAUACGGGACCCUUUGCAUUUCUCUCCAUCUGUAUAAGUGGCUCAGCCCCAAGCCCUGAGUCUGACAGCCCUGGGCAGCCAGGAGGUCCCCAUAGGAAGCUGGGCCCUGUCUGGGGAUGGGGAAGCUUCCUGCCUCAGAUUCCCUUUUCUCACCUUCACUGGCAACCUCUUGUCCCUUCCCUUUUCUCUCUCUACUGACCCUCUCCCUUCCCUCCUUUCCCUCCCUUGUUCCUUCCUCUUUCACUGUCCUUCCCUCUGUCUCCUUCCUUCCCUUCUUCUUAAGUGGUGGCCGUAUUUCCCCAAGGCCGAGACACAGCGCCUCUCACCGGAGUGGACCAUGCACUGCAGCUGCUUGGCUGAGGGUGUCCCGGCCACCCCCAGCAGCUGGAUCUCAGGCUUGGCCUUCCCUGACUGGGCCUACAAAGCCGAGUCAUCCCCAGGCUCCCGGCAGAUCCAGCUGUGGCACUUCAUCCUGGAGCUGCUGCAGAAGGAAGAGUUCCGCCAUGUCAUCGCCUGGCAGCAGGGGGAGUACGGGGAAUUUGUCAUCAAGGAUCCAGAUGAGGUGGCCCGCCUCUGGGGCCUCAGGAAAUGCAAACCACAGAUGAAUUAUGACAAGCUGAGCCGUGCCCUCAGAUAUUACUACAAUAAGAGGAUCCUGCAUAAGACCAAAGGCAAAAGGUUCACGUACAAGUUCAACUUCAGCAAGCUCAUAGUAGUCAACUAUCCUCUGUGGGAAGUGCGGGCACCGCCGUCCCCCCACUUGCUGCUGGGGGCCCCUGCCCUGUGUCGGCCCGCGCUGCUGCCUAUGGGUGUGCAGAGUGAGCUCCUGCACAGCAUGCUGUUCACGCAUCGGGCCAUGGUGGAGCAGCUGGUGGGACAGCAGACCCUCCGGGGGUCUCCAGAGGCCUCUGCGGAUAAGAAGGGGAGCAGCAGCAGCGUCCGACUUGGCUCCACCCCAGGCCCCUGCCAGCUGGGCCCUUGCUGCCAUUUGGGGAGCGUCCAAGCCGAGCUGCCUGGAGUUGCUUCCUUCACCCCUCCCCUCCUGCCCCCUCUCGCCUCCGACUGGACCUGCCUCUCGGGGCCCUUCUUGCCUCCUCUUCCAUCAGAGCAGCAGCUCCCAGGGGUCUUCAAGCCAGGCACCCUGCUCCCAGGACCUAGGAGCCUCCCAGGGACCUGGUAUUUUCCAGGACGUCCUCUCUUGGCCGGGCUGAGACAGGGUGUGGGUGAGAGGCUUCAGCCCUUGUCCCUCAGGCCCGAGGGGCUGGAGGUAAAGCCUGCUCCCAUGAUGGGGGCAAAGGGGUGCCUGGAUCCCAGGGAGGGCUUCUGUCCAGAGACCCGCAGACUCAAAACUAGGGAGGAAAACCUCACCUCCCCCAAUCUGGAGAACCUCAAAGCAGUGUGGCCCUUGGAUCCUCCUUAAUUGGAGAGGAAGGUGGGAAGUUGGAGGGUUCUCCAAAGUCAGUCUCUGGGUUAGUACCUUCCCCUGGCUGGACGUGGGCUGGAAUUGCAGGAUUUGAAGGGGUGGAGUUGGACCCAAGGUGAGGAGCAUUGCAGGGAAGGUGUGAUGUGGCCAAGACAGGGUGCCCCUCCUCUCCCACCUCAUUGCUAAUCAGACUAAGGGGACCUUCCUAAUCUCGACUUUUCUUCAGGGAGAUGAGAAUAAGGUUUCUGUAAUUUCCAUCCUGCCCACUAAGGGGGAAAACUAAGGGUGUCGCCUGGGGAGAGGACGGGGUGGUUGUGUUCUCCGAGUCUUCUCCAGGGCCCAUCUCCCCAGUCUGGGCUCAGGUCUCCAGCCCCUUUCUCACCUGUCCUUGCCACUUCUCUCCCAUCCCUCUGAUCGCUGAGACCCUGGAAACCUCCGUCCCACACAGGCACUUCCUCCUCUCUCCAUUUCCCCAGGACCCAGGCAGGUGGGGAAGGGAGACACCGGCCUUCUCUGCUCUGUAAUUCUCCACUGUGACCAUGAAUAAAAUGCCCCUGCAAAC